AUGACUCCCUCUUCAGUUAUACAAUACCCAUUUCCUAGUUCGAACAGCAGUUAUGCGGACCAUGCAGUGCUCACAACUUACCCUGCUGUUCACAGUGGUGCUCCUCCAUUGCCGCCAACAGCGACUUACUAUACUUAUCCGGCACCUCCUGUCUAUGAGAGGUCAAGCACAGCACCUUCAAUGAUGACUCAACAGAUGUAUUCGCCUAUACAUGUGGUACAAUCAGAGCCACAACCGCAACCUCAAGCACAACCUCAAGCACAACCUCAAGCACAACCGCAACCUCAACAGUACCACUAUUCUCUAUCUCCCCAACAGCAAAUCCAGUUAUCACCUGUGCCAAUACAGGUCCAGUCUUUCCCACAAACAGGUGUCGAAUACCCUACACUCUACCAAUUACAGACCAUACCUCAGUACCCACAGAUUUUAGAAGGACAACCUUACCAAAUCCAAAUUGAGUUCCCAAGAUACGUUCGGGGACAGAAAUGUCCACGAUGUGGACGCCAUAUAGUUAAUGAUAUUGCCAGACAUAUGCGCAUUCAUGAACCCGUUUCGAGGUUCAAGUGCAUAUACCCAAGACAGCAAUGUUCCCACAGAAGCGGAUAUUUCAACAAGAGAUAUGACUUCCACAAGCAUCUGCUACACUCGCAUUUCAAGUUUGACGACCCAGAUGUGAAGAAGCUGGUUAGUGUUAACGAUAAGAUGAAAUACAUCGGAGCGUGUAAAUGUGGUAUGAAGAUGACAGGCAGGGAGUUCUUGAACAACCAUAUAAUGAUCAAGGAUGCACAGGGGAAAUACCUGUGUCCUGAUCUACGUGAAAAAUGGAAUAGAUUCGGUGGAACACCUAUAAACACGCCUACAAUGGAUGCCGGUAAUCAACAGCAGUUUGGAAUGAUGCAUCCAAAUAGCAUAUAA